GAUCUUAUUAUCUGGUGGAAUUAUUGAUUUUCGCAAUGGCAAGCCUACUGUAAAUAAGAAUGACAAUUGGAAACAAAACAUAACCAACAAUUGUCGAUACGUAUAUGAAAAUAGGAAAUAAUUUUGUAAGUGAUGGAUUGUGAUAAUGAGAUGUUAGAGAAGAUUCUGAAGAAGGUGAACGGCGUGGUCAAAGAGGACAACGAAAUAAGGGAGUUUACGUUGAUUCCAAGCGUUGGAAAGGAUCGAAACGUAUCGCCAAUAAAUUACGUGUGGGAGGAGCACGCUUUGGGCUUGGAGACUUGGUGUGCAGGAUUGCUGUUUGGUUACGCACAGAAGCAGAUCUUCAAGUGGAGAUGUCGAAAGGAUCAUGACACGCUCAACGAUUACCUGGUCAUUGCCCUACUGAUAAAUCCCGAAGUUCGAACAUUUUGGAACAUAAAACGCGAGCUGCUGGAUGGAAAUCUACUGGACUGCAGCACUGAGUUGCGAUUCAGUAGGCUGGUGCUCAGUUGGAAGCCGAAAUCGUACGAGGCGUACAGUUAUCGUAUCGCUAUUUUCAAAAAGAUUGGUCACGCGAAGAUGGACUUUCGGGAGGAAUCUGAUUUGUUGGAUUCGGUGACGAGGAACACGCCGAACAAUUACCACGCGUGGAAUCAUCGCAUCUGGUGUUUCGAGAAUUACAUGUUGGUGUACGAGACGGACGCUCUGAGCAGGGAGCUGCGGUUCAGCGAGGAUUGGAUCAAGACGCACGUGUCGGAGCACACGGGUUUUCACUACAGGCAGCACGUGAUCGAUAGCUUGAAGGGGCACAAGCUGAAGGAGAUCGACGAGUACAGUAAGUUAGUUUUAAAUUGCGACAGCGGUUGUACGGCGCAGCAUCAGAUCCUGUAUCUGCUGAUAUACGAGCUUCACAAGGUGCUGCCUGAUCUGCACCAUCAUUUCCCGGGUCACGAAUCUAUUUGGUACCAUAGGAAGUACGUGGUGCACACCAUGCACGCCCACCUGUGCCAGAUCCACAGCGUCGAUCGUGACAUUCCCCAAUUCGAGUUCAAUGGGGCGGCGAAACUUUUGGAUGGCGUGGCGAGGAGCUGCAGGAACGGCGUGCGGUGUCUCAAGGAGGAACAGAUGCAGUCCACAAACUUGUACAAGCGGCUGGUGCUUAACGAAAGGGAGUUCCUGGAUGGUGACUUUAAGGACGAGGAUGUUCGAUUGUCUCGAAAUUACAGGAUGUGGUUGAGGUGUAUCGUCGGUAUAAUCGUUUGAUAUACGCAACCAACAGAACGAGUUUCUAAUCGAAACGAAAUUUAAUUUAUAUUGCGCUGUGUUUUCACCAAUGACAAGCAAAACUUAUAUUACAACAUAUUUGUUUGUUUGAUUUAUCCCAAAGUUAAGAUCCUCGAUAAUCCGCAACAAUUAAAUCAGGAUCAGGAGCACAAAAGAAAUUCAGAUUUUUAAGGGUGAUGUUUUCUUUUUAUUAAAACACAGAUUGCCAAAUGGAUUUGAA